AUGUGAGAUUAACCGGUGGAUCCACUCAUUGUGAUGGAAGAGUAGAGUAUUUUGAUGAAGGCCAGUGGGGGACUGUGUGUACUGAAUCAUGGGACAUGAAUGAUGCAGCAGUGGUGUGCAGACAGUUGGACUGUGGGAAGCCCCAUAAGCUUAUUCAGCUUGGCCCUGGUACAGGACAGACCUGGACUGAUCAAAUUGAAUGCAAUGGAAAGGAGCCUACAUUGAAUCAGUGUCCACAAAGACCAUAUCCAGACAGAACUUGCAACAACACUGUAGUGGCUGGUGUUUUCUGCACAGAAAGCUUUGCAGUCCGGUUGGUUAACAGCACUGAUGAGUGCUCUGGAAGAGUGGAGGUCCGUCAUGGUGACCAGUGGCACACAGUAUGUGAUGAAGACUGGACUCUAAGUAAAGCUGAAGUGGUGUGUGAGUCGCUGGGGUGUGGACGUGCAGUGAAAGCUCAUGGCGGUGCUUUCUUUGGCCAAGGCACUGGGUCAGUGGUGGAGGCUAGCAAUGUGUGUUUUGACAACGUGACUUCUCUUCAGCAAUGCUCAGUCAAAGGGUUUAGAAGCGCAACCUGUGGGCAUGAACAUGAUGCAGGUGUUCUCUGUGCAGGUAAACCACCAAUAAGGCUUGUGAAUGGUGCUGACCAGUGCUCUGGACGAGUGGAGAUUCUGCAUGAAGGCAGCCAUUCGACUGGUCAAUGGGACUGACAUGUGCUCAGGAAGGGUGGAGAUCCACUAUGGUGAACACUGGUCACCAGCAUUUAAUGUUAACUGGGGAAUGAAUGAAGCUACAGUGGUGUGCAGAGAGAUAAACUGUGGAGAGCCUGUCAAGAUCUCAGAGUCAUUUGGUCAAGGUGGAGAUCUGAGAGGAUAUGAGAUCCACUGUAAUGGUACAGAGAGCUCUCUCAGACAGUGCAUGUUUAGAGACUUUACCAGCUAUGCCUCUGUGGUAUGCUCAGGUAAGACUUGAUGUCAA